AUGCAGACCACAGAUCUUCCUUCAUGGUUGUGGCUCCCACUCAAGGACGACUGCGAGUGGGAUUCCCCAUUCAACAUGGGGAACUGCUUCGACGAGCAGUACCACAACGUCUUUUUCGUUAUGAUCAAGGCGUUAAUCUACCUCACACGGUUCACGACGUUGCCGUUCUUUCUCUUCUUCGCGGGGAUGCACGGAGAGUGUAUGGCCACCUUGCCCAUGGCCAUCCUCUCUACAAUCACCAUCAUCCCCAUGAUCCUCUUGCGACUCAUCUGGGCAGAAGACUACCACACCUAUGGGGGUAUGGGCAACCCCAUGGUGGAAUAUUCUGUCAAGACCUGGGCCAUCCUCUCCAUGCCAAACAUUGUUUCAUGGGCUCCCAGUGCCGCUUUCGCGGUGAGCCAGUUGGUGCGAAUCGUUAGAGAAACUUUUGUUUCUCUUCGUAUUCAAGCCGACUCCAACUUCGACGCCGAGACUCUGUUCCCUGCUCCCUUUGCCGGGAGGGACUGGGAUUCAGACCUCGGUGAAUCCGGCGCAGAAGCCUGGAUAAAGAAGUUGGUGCAGGAGGAUCAAGAAGAGAGACAGGCCCGACGGCAGGAAGAAGAGAGGGUUGUAGCGGAGCAGAGGAGACUGGAGCAGGCCUCUUUGCUGAUGCAGAAGCUCGUAGAUGAGAACGAGAUCGCCAUCUGGAAAGCUAUCAGCAAGAGGCGACCACAGCCCAUCCUCAGACGCCAGUCAGCUCUAACUCACCGGCAAGAGACUGAGCUGCUGGCCGAAGAGAGGGGCCUGAGCAAGAAGCAAUUCUUGACUCAGCGCUAUGUGGUCGUGCCAGUGGACCAGAGCACUCAGUCGGACCCGACCGACUUUGCUGAUGACAGGGCGAUGAAGACGCCAGUCAUUCCGAUCGCCGAGAUCCCCCCUUCUCCCGGUGUUCAGUCUGACUUGGCUGAGUCCCCUGUUCAGACGCAAGUCGAACCGUCUGAGCCAGCUCUCACUGGCUCCUCUCCAUCAUCUCCUUCUCUCCCCUCCCCUCGCGAGACGACACCGAAGAAGCCAGCUUCUUCACCCGCCACCACCACUGCCGACGCUGCUGUCAACACCACCACCAUCACACCUGGCAGAGAGACGCCUCCUGUUCGAGAGCCUGCGCCUAGCACAGUGUCUCCUCGGCAGGAGGUCGUCGAGGCUUUCAGCCCUCCGCCCUCUCUCCCAUCUCCUGGCGUCAUUGGUGUCGUCUCCUCUUCCCGCGUCGUCGAUGAGCCCAUCUUCCCCUCUGAAGAAGAGCUCCCUCCCCAAGCCAUUGUUCCUUUUGCAGAACCGGCGGGCCAUGAACCCACACAACGACCGCCAUCGCCCAAGCAGGCCGCCGGUUCUGCCACUUCUUACGGCCACGAGAUUCCAGGGAUCCCCGAUAUCCCCGAAGAACUCCUUUUCACAGCGGCGAAUGGAAGUGAGGACGGCCGGGAGGAAAGCCUUCACCAGGGGCUCUUCCAAAUCGCUCCUUGCAUCUCUCCCUCCUGGGACCCCACCGAACUCGAUGUCGCCAUUGAUGCUCUGCUGAACAGUGUCGAUGAGGUGGAUGAACAGGUUUGGGAUGAGAUGGCGAUCGAUGAUCGCCAAGUCGAGGAUGUGGAGAUGGAAGAGCAAGGCGAAGGUGAGGUAGAGGUACUGACUUCGUCGCAGGCCGUCGACUGCGAGAUGGAGGAGGCAGGUAUGGAACCUCUUACGGAGGAGGAGGAGGAGGAGCAGGAGCGGAUGAUCCAAGAGGCCUCAUGGGAGGCGUUGGCAGCUCUCCUCGAUGAGGAUGAGUUCUGUGGUAAGCAGUCACAGAUGGUCAUUGACCACGUCGCCGCGCCUACCCAGGCUCUCUCCGUUCCGCAAUUCCCCCUCCCGGAGUUCCACCAGCGUCCACCACCGCAGGCCUCUAUCUUCCGUUUCGAGGUCUCCCAGCAGACCGUUCCAGCAGACUAUGGCAUGUCCCAGCAGGAACAGGAAGACCUCGAAAUGGAGAUGGAGGCAGCGUUCGACACCGAGAUGGAGGACGCGAGGGACGAGGAAGAUGCUGGCAUGGGCCCUCAAGCACCGGUUGAAGAGAUCCGCCAUCGCAGGAUCUUGAUACCGAGGGCCCAGGGAUCCCGACACAAUCCCAGCCAGCCUCCUCCUCAACCCACGCCCACUCCAUCUACAACCACCGAGGAAGUUGCGUCUCAGUCCAAGCGGGCUCGGUCCCCGUCCACCGAGCAAAUGGCGCCUGAGCCCAAACGGGCUCAACAUGUCCCCAUCCAGGAGGCGCCCUCUCCCACCAAUGCUUCGCCCAAGACCGCGGCCUCAAGCAACACAAAGAACCAACAGCAGGCGGUCGCCCCCAUCUUGAUGGGGGGACUUAUGCUUCCCGGCGGCAACCAAAUAACCAACACACAACCACCAGCGCCCAUACCAGCGGCAGCUCCCUCCCCUACUACUAUAACUCCUGAGCAGAAGGCCGCCUUCGAGGAGAAGAAGCAGGCACAGAUCAAAGCGCAGCAGGAAGCUCGAAGAAACAAAAAACCGAGCCUAUUUCACCAAAGCAAGAAACCAGCUACACCGGUUCGCCCUUCCCCCAACACACCUCACCGACAAGGCACUCCCAGCCAACCCAACACACCAUCGCCAAUGCCACGUAUCAAAGAUGGCAGCGUAAGAGCGGCUGCCGAAGCAAUCUUCGGCACGCCCGGCUCGAGUCAAAAGAAGGACGGGCUCAAGAUCCUACCAGGCAUCCCAAGCCAUUUACGAGACCAGGUCGCAGGCAGAACGACCGAGGACGAGGACGAGGAAUAA